AUGGAAGAGCCGAAAACGGUGGUUGAGUGGGCAGUAAAGGUGCUCAACACGGCAGACACCGACCUCAAGGCGGCCUACACCCUCCGCGCCUUGGAUCUCUGGCAUUCCGGGGCAUUGCCGAAGGACAACGUAGCACGCCCGGAGCACGUUGAGCUGCUCCCGCCGCACCUGGCACCCAAGCGGGGCAAGGGCGGCAGCCUGGCCAACCGUAUCGCCAUGGUCCAUUCGCUGGUUCACAUUGAGUCUAUGGCUGUGGACUUGAGCUGGGACAUCAUGGUGCGAUUCCAGAAGAUGGUCGACCUCCCAGCCGAGUUCUACGCCGAUUGGUUGAAGAUAGCUGCGGACGAGGCCAAGGUACACUACGGGCUUCUCAAGAAGAGACUCGAGGAGCUGGGCUCCCACUACGGUGCCCUUCCCGCCCACGACAGCUUGUGGGAGAGCGCUCAGAAGACCUCGGGCAGCCUCUUGUCGCGCCUGUGCAUCGAACACAUGGUCCAUGAGGCCCGAGGACUCGAUCAGAUGCCCACGACCGUGGCACGAUUUCGUUCGGGAGGCGAUCCGGUGACCGCCGAUCUGCUUGAAGUCAUUCUCGAGGACGAGAUCACACACGUCACUGCCGGCAUGAAGUGGUUCACGUACCUGUGCCAGCACUCGGACCCACCCCUGCGUAAUGACUGUUUCGCACCACAGGACCCCAUCCCCACUUUCCACCAGGUGGUGCGCGAGAACUUCAGAGGCGGACUUAAGCCUCCUUUCAAUACCAGGCCAGGGAGAAGGCCGGCAUGA